AUGCAGUUGCCAAACAACACCCAACAUGGGUGGGGUAUCGGGCAGUUGCAAUACCACUACAACAUCUCGCAGCCCUCCGUGACUUCCUUGACUGCUUGGGUCAAAGUUCACCAUCAGUAUCCAUCCACCAUCUCGGGAGGCGCGCAGACAAGACAGCAAGAUGGCACCCUGGGAUCUCCUUGGCGAUAUACUUGCUCAAAACGCCGAAAAGGUGAUGUCGGUUCGCUCGUCGCCCUGCCUGAUCAUUCUCUGACUGACUGCGAAUGCUCUUCCCAGAUUUCGACCGAUGCAUCGCAGUGGGCAAAUAAUUUCCUCCCGCAGGCCGGAGCGGCCGUGAGCAACGUAGCAGGCGAUGCGAAGAAACACGCCGAACAGGUGAGGACAUUUGCCUUCGAGUUCUCGGCAAAUGCUGGAGAUUGGGUUUCUCAGAACCUUCCCAUUGCUGCUGAGACGCUUGCAGAUAUUCUUGACAAUGCAAAGAAGCAUGCUGAGCAUGUCUCGAUUCAGUUGACUUCGAAUGUUGUCCCAAAGAAAACCCAAGUUGUUUUGGGCGAUGAUGGCGAGACUGUUGAAUUGAUCCCGAUUACUGUCUCCGACUGGGCAACACAUGUCCUCCCUUUGCUUGUUGACACAGGUAAAGAACUUGCGGAGAGCGCCAGAUUCGAGUUUGAGAAGGCUCAGAAGUGGGCAACAGAACACCCUACUGCCACGGUCUUCAUCAUACUAGGAGUCGCAGGCCUCAUCAUCUUGGUUGCUUACCCCGGAUUGUUCUACACACCCUUGUUGGACGCAUUGGGAUUCACUUCGGAAGGAGUAGCUGCAGACUCACUUGCAGCAGCAAUCCAUUCCACUAUCGGCAACGUCAGUCCGGGAAGCGUCUUUGCGUUUCUUCAAAGCGCUGGUGCGGAAGGCUAUGGGGCCGUUGCUCUCGAUGCUGCCCUACGGGCAGCUGGGGCCACGAUCAUGACUGCUGGAGCUGUAGAUCUCGCACGCCAGUGGAUGGAGGAGAAGUUUAACGGGGAUGUUCCUGUGGUUGAAAUGGGACUGUAA